CUGCUCACUUGUUUCUCGUUUUUCAACUUCAAAACUUAUAAUCAUGUCUGGUCGCGGUAAAGGAGGCAAAGUAAAGGGAAAGUCAAAGACCCGUUCAAGCCGAGCUGGACUCCAGUUCCCAGUCGGUCGUAUCCAUCGUAUGUUGCGUAAAGGAAAUUACGCAGAACGUGUUGGUGCUGGAGCUCCAGUCUACCUCGCAGCUGUAAUGGAAUACCUGGCGGCUGAAGUUCUCGAGUUGGCAGGCAACGCUGCUCGUGACAACAAGAAGACUCGUAUCAUCCCACGUCAUCUCCAGCUGGCGAUCCGUAACGACGAGGAGUUGAACAAACUUCUCUCUGGAGUCACCAUCGCUCAAGGUGGAGUCUUACCCAACAUCCAAGCUGUCUUGUUGCCCAAGAAAACCGAAAAAAGCAGCUCAUAAAUGAACAUCAAUUCAAAUUCAAAACAAAACGGCCCUUUUUAGGGCCACCAAAUUUUUUACAACGAAAGUUAUCUUCAAGUAUUAUCAUUUUCAUCAAAAUCAUUGUCUACCUUUCUAAUCACAUGUAAUGUCAACACAAUGACUUUGCCAAUUAAGCGACGAGUUGUCUUUGGCUAGAAAUUGAAUACCAUCCAUAGUAAAUUCAUUUUAAUUCAUUGUCAGUUUACUCGGAAUGAAAUUAAAUUACCGUCACCAAUCACUUUAACUCCUCUACAUACUCAACCCAUCAUCAUCAUACAACUAAUCCUAAUAACAGGAUCUAUCUCACCUCACCUCCCCAAAUUUAUGAAAUCUUAUUCUCUAAACUCAUUUCCAAUCGACAAAUUCCAUUCACGGUA